AUGGCCACCAUCAAUAGUAGUGCUGUAUCGCCCGAACGUAUGCGGCCGAUUCUGGAAAAUUGCCUUUUGAUCUGGCUUGAUGCCGAUUUCGAUGAAUCGAAAAAUGAUUAUAAACAAUCAAUACAACAGCUUCGAAAUGUCAUAGCAACAAUUACUACAUUUACAGAUGCUGAUCAAUGUGUUGAUUAUCUUAGUGACAUUAAAGAUGAAAAAGUGUUGAUGAUCGUAUCUGGUUCACUGGGACAACACGUAAUACCAGAGAUUCAAGCAUGUCCACAAUUGGACUCCGUAUAUGUUUUUUGUGACAAUCAAUCAAUGCAUGAGCAAUGGGCAAAGAUAAUACCUAAGGUAAAAGGUAUUUACACACAAGUUCAGCCAAUUUGUAAAGCAUUACAAAUCGACCGUAAACAUUGUGAUCGAUCUAUGAUCUCGAUGAGUUUUCGUGGCAUCGAUCCUUUGUUUAUGUAUACACAAUUGCUUAAAGAAGCAUUUUUGGAAAUUGAAGAUGAUGAUGUGACAUCUAUUAAAGAACUGGUUGAUUAUUGUCGUCUUCACAAUGCUGCUUCUCCAACCACACUGGAAAUGCUCGAACGAGAAUAUCGUCAUCAUCCACCAAGUUGGUGGUAUACAGGUCCCUUCUUUAUUUAUUCUAUGCUCAAUCAUGGUCUUCGACUUAUGAAUGUUGAUAUUAUAAUGAGAAUGGGUUUUUUUAUUCGUCAUUUACACAAACAUAUUGAAAAAUUACAUGGUGAACAACAAUCCGAUGAGCCCACCAACAGGCCACUCACAGUCUUCCGUGGACAAGCUUACAAUCAUUACCUUGGUUGGUUGUAUAGUGAUAUGGGCGAAUACGCAAAAGCAAUUAUAUUUUACGAAAAAUCACUCAAAACCAGAGAAAACACCACUCCUCAAAAUCUUCCCGACUUGGCUGCUUCCUACAACGGCAUUGGUUCGGUGUAUGAUAGCAUGGGCGAGUACUCGAAAGCACUUUCAUCGUACGAACAAUCACUUGAAAUCAUGAAAAUAGCUCUCCCUCCGAACCAUCACGACUUGGCUGUUUCCUACAACAACAUCGGAGAGGUGUAUAGAAGCAUGGGCGAGUACUCAAAAGCACUUUCAUCGCACGAACGAUCACUUAAAAUCCGAAAAAUAGCUCUCCCUCCGAAUCAUCCCGACUUUGCUCAAUCCUACAACAACAUCGGUAAUGUGUAUUGUAACACGGGCGAGUAUUCGAAAGCACUUUCAUCAUACGAACGAUCACUCGAAAUCAAGAAAAUAGCUCUCCCUCCGAAUCAUCCCAAUCUGGCUGCUUCCUACAACAACAUCGGUUUGGUGUAUGAUAACAUGGGGGAGUACUCAAAAGCACUUUCAUCGUACGAACGAUCACUUGAAAUCCGAAAAAUAGCUCUCCCUCCGAAUCAUCCCGACUUGGCUACUUCCUACAACAACAUCGGUAUGGUGUAUGACGAAAUGGGCGAGUACUCGAAAGCACUUUCAUCGUAUGGACGAUCGCUUGAAAUCCGAAAAAUAGCUCUCACUCCGAAUCAUCCCGACUUUGCUCAAUCCUACAGCAACAUCGGUUCGGUGUAUGAUAACAUGGGUGAGUACUCGAAAGCACUUUCAUUGUACGAACGAUCCCUUGAAAUAGACAAAAAAGCUGUCCCUCCGAAUCAUCCCGACUUGGCUUCUUCCUAUAAUAACAUCGCUGUGGUGUGUAAUAAUAUGGGCGAGUACUCGAAAGCACUUCAAUAUUAUGAAAAAGCUCAGGAAAUCUGGAAAAAAUCACUACCUUCAAAUCAUCCACAUAUUGCACUUGUGAAAAAUAACAUUGCAGGUGUGAAAAAGAAAAUGUAA